UCAGUGAGUGGUCAAUACUUUCAUUAACGACGUCAAAUUAAAUCCAUUUAAAUUAUUUAAAAGUCUUAACACAUGGUCAGUCUUCGAUGAACAAGCGUAGCGUCAGAAUGCUACAAUUGAUAUUAAGUUAAUAAUAAAUUUCCAGGUGGAUGUAUUUCGAACAAAGGGAAGAUAAUAAAUCAGUGGAUGAAGUUGACAAUUUGAAUAAGGAAGUAUAGUGAUGGAAGUUGUGUGCAUUAAUAGUGUUGUAACAAAAGCUGUCUUGACUUUUAAGAAAUGUAAUAAAAUUUUGCAAACAGUGUUGUUAUUCAAUUUAAUUUUACAUCAGUUUAAUUAAUUAGUGAUUAAUCUUAAUUAAAACUCAAUUACGUGUUCCUAUGCGUUGAUACAACAAACAAAAGAGAUCUUCCUCGCAUAAAGUCAAACAAUAGACCGCUAGUUUUGAUUUGUCGUCGACAGCUGUCCGACACGCUUUACGUUUGAAUCGAACAAAUAUCGUUUUACAAUACUGUGGAAAUGUGAUUUUUGAAACUGCAUUCGAAGAAAUAUUAAUUAAAAAUUUACUAAAUUUAAAAUCAAGAAAUUUUUAGUGAAAAAACUUUUUAAAAAAUGGAAAAAGAAAAAUCGAAUACCAACGAAGAUGCAGUAGAGGAGACACUUGUUAAAUCAACUGAUGAUAUAAAUAUAAAUGUAAUGACAAGGAAACAGAAAAUGCAAUAUCUAAAAUCUAAUAUUACAGUGGAACCAAUAUUAACGUUAUUUAUGGUGCCCAGUGUACUUUCAUUACUUGCAGCACAAAACCUUUAUAUUGAUAAAGCAUGUCGUGUGAACUUGGAGUACGGAGACGAAGUGUGCCUGGACUUACGCCUUCGGAAAACAGCAAAUCACACGAUCGAAGAGUUAGGAGUACAAAAGCUAAUAGCAUCUGUUCAAGCUUGGAGGAGUGUUAUCUACACAAUCGUACCAACUGUUCUCAUGCUAUUCGUUGGUGCUUGGAGUGAUAAAACGGGAAGAAGGAAAAUCUGUAUGUUAAUGCCCAUCUUUGCAGAGUUCAUGACUUGCAUGAUCAAUUUAAUCAACACUUAUUUCUUUUAUGAAAUCUCUGUGGAAUGGACUGUGAUCUUAGAUAUUCUUUUUCCAUCGCUCACGGGCGGUUGGUAUACUAUGUUCCUAGGUACUUUUAGUUAUUUAUGCGAUAUAACUUCCAAAGAGACAAGGACAUUCCGCUUGGGGAUUCUUAGUCUGUGUUUGACGAUAGGUUUUCCCAUCGGUAUGGGAUUCAGUGGUGUACUAUUAAAGUAUCUCGGAUUUUAUGGUGUUUUUAGUAUUGCGGGUGGAAUUCAUUUGUUUAAUUUUUGCUAUCUUUACCUUAAUAUAGAAGAUCACACUUGGCUUGAAGAUAAGGACAAGAAAAAGCGCAGAGGAUUUUUUGGAUUCCUAUCAGAGUUUUUUGAUUUCAAUAGCCUCAAAGAAACUAUGGGAAUUGUGUUUAAGAAGGGAAGAAAUAAUCGACGACUUCAACUGUGUCUUAUUCUUACAUGCGUUUGUUUACAUUUUGGUCCACUGAUGGGUGAAUUAAGUGUGAUGUACAUAUUUGUUCGCUAUCGCUUCAACUGGGACGAAGUGAAGUACAGUAUAUAUUCAACUUAUAGUCUCAUCAUGCAUUUGAUUGGUACAGUCUUCUCGAUAAGUGUUUUCAGUAAGAAAAUGAAAGCCCACGAUUCUGUAUUGGGAAUUAUUUCAGCGUCAAGCAAAAUCGCUGGUGCUCUUGUCUUAACAUUCGCUGUCAAAGACUAUCAAGCUUACUUGUGUCCAUUAGUAGAAGUUCUGAAUGGUACAGCGGCUAUAGCUUUAAGAUCACUGUCAUCAAAACUCGUCUCUUAUCAAGAAUUAGGUAAAUUAAAUUCGUUGUUCGGGAUGGUUGAAACUAUAAUGCCCUUAAUCUAUGCACCGAUAUACACCAAGGUAUAUGUAGCAUCACUUCACAUCUUACCAGGGACUGUGUUCCUACUAAGUAUUGCGUCUACGAUACCCGUAUUAGUGAUAUUUAGUUGGUUUUACCAUGAACAUCGAAAGAGUGUAAAAGAAAAAGAAAUGCAGAUUUUAGCAAAACCAGAAGAAUGUGAUGAUAAGAAUGAAAAUGAUGCAAUGCUUGUAAAGAAUUCUCAAGUUGAAUGUUUGCUCCAUGAAGUCAAAGCUAUAGAACAAUCCAAUGGUUCUAAAACUACUCACGAAAGUAAUAAAGUUUAAAGAAAAUUUUGUAAUUUCAAUAUUUCUUUUUUUUAAUAAGCAAAUGUAAUGUAAAUCAAUGAAAUACCAUGUGAAAAUAUUAUUGUACAUACCAUAAUAUAUAGAUAUACAUAUUUUGAUUGUCAAAUAGACUUAAACGUAUACGUAACAUAUAAUUUUCAUAACUUAAAUCCCACUAAAUGUUAUAAAAUACCAUAA